AUGAAUCGCGUCCGCCAGAUGGAAUCUUCAAUUCAGUUUGGAUCGAGUAAUGCGCCAGCAAUGAUGAAUGAAACCCUGGAUCCUUUUAUUCCGCUGGAUAACAACGCUUUAAAAAUUCAGAUGACAUAUAGACAAAAAAGUUACCCUCCUCCGAGUCCAUACAACCGGCGUUCGACUAGUUUUCAGGCCAGCACCAUCAGCAGCAAAAUUGUGUUAGGUUGGGACAAAGGUGAGAGGGUCGCCUUAAAAAAAAUUCCGUUUAAUCCUGGCGAGAGUAGCGAUGAAAAAGGUGAGAGCUACUGGGAAAAUCUAACAAAGUUACCCGAUGACAAUCUGGUCAAGUAUCGCAGCUUUACGCUACAGGAUGAUGGCAGAUACCUUGCAAUGGAGUUGUGUCAGGGAUCGAUGCUCGAGUAUUGUCGCGGCACAUUAGAGAACGCAGUUGCGCCACUCAUUAAAGGAAUUGAUGUCAUGUGGCAAAUUACGUGUGCCCUUGAUUAUUUAUUUCGUAAAAAAAUUGGGCACGGAGAUUUGGAACUGGAAAAUGUGCUUUUUGUGAAAAUCGAUUCGAAACCUAAGCGGCUUGCUGUCAAACUAUCCGGCUACGGGUACAACCAUCUGCAAUCUGGGGAUAAUGUCAAGACGGAUUUCUCCAAACUCGGCUGCUUGUACAUUUCUGCUGCAACUAAAAAGGAGCACAGACCAAACGAAGCUCUCACCACCUGGCAUUUGACUGAAAUCGACAUUGAAGCCAAAAAACUUGCAUUUGAAUUGAUUAAUCUUGUGACUGAUGCCAGAAAUCCGUUUACUUUUGAAGCUGGCACAUUACUGCGGCACCCAUUUUUUAUCCGUUACUGCCAUUUUGCUUUACCAAGACUAAUUAAAGAGCAGGCAAAUGAAGCCAUUAGGCGUGGAUUGCACGAUUACAGAAACCUGAAAAAAUGGGAAAAAUUUUUGGGCAGCCACCCUCAAAAUUUCAAAGAUCUAGAAACAAUCCUCUUUUCAGACCAUGACGACGUAGAAAUUUCGCUAACUGAGGCGUCAAAAAAAACACCUCAAUUACUUUCGCAAUACAUUUGGCAUCUUUCCACUAUCCCGGCCGCCAUCCCUCAAGGCGAUAAUCAAAUACCACGUCUGCAAAUAAGGAAGCCUCUAGGAGAAGGGAGUUUUGGAAACGUGUACAAAUGUUUUUAUACCAAUGACGCGGGAAUACGAUUUCUGGCCGCCUGCAAAAAAAGUAAACAGAGCCCCGACGCAGUUAAGGUGUUUGAAAGUGAAAUCGCUACCCUUUCGAAAAUAAAGCAUUUAUUCGUCAUCAAGUACCUGGAAGUCGUAAAAAUGGAUGACAAACAGUAUAUCUUAAUGGAAUUGUGCGAGGGGUCCUUAAAGGAGUACGUUCAUGGAAAGCUGGACCGAAUUCCUAAAGACUCGUUGGAUAACAAAAUAAUAAUAAGUCAAGUGGCCCUUGGCCUGGCGUACCUCCACAGCGAAGGAAUCAUCCACAAAGAUUUGAAACUCGAAAAUAUCCUUCUUCAACGUCAACCGCAUGAUUCCAAUCUCGUGUUGGUCAAAAUCGCUGAUUUCGGAUUUGCUAAAAAACUGAACCCGGAAUCUUUAAGUUUCAGUGCCACUAUCCAUCUAGGCACACCAAAUUACAUGGCCCCCGAACUUCUUGCUUCGUCGGGUCGUUAUUCGGCCAAUUUUUUCAGCGACGUUUAUGCUUUAGGCAUAACAAUUGCGCGGAUAGCGUUAAAUGGAGAUCAUCCUUUCACUAACAACAGAGACCUACAAACGACUUACAUGGUACAGGGGAUGGUUCCACAAAACCUUCUACAUCUCAGCUGGGAUCUAGUUGAUUUGAUCGUCAAAUUAUUAAAUAAAGUUCCAGCAAAACGACCUACCAUGGACUUAGUUUUGUGCCAUCCUUAUUUCGUCUUGACAAAUGACAAGACCAAAAGACAUUUCGUCGAUCAGUUUUGGGCACAUUUAAAUUCGGAGAAGGAGAACAGAGACGAUGAACUGGAAAAAAUAUUCAACGCUAACAAUUUCCAGAAGUGGUACGAAACUUUUGUUAAUGAUAAAAAAGAAGACGAAGAGACUAAAGAAACGGAGAAUAUCAUUGACAUGUUCAAACAGAUUUCGCCAGAUUGUACACCCGAAAGUUUGUACUGCGCCAAACGUUACAAACAAGCGAUUACGGAAGUUCUGAAGGCAGAAUACGAUGCUAAAGUUGGAAAUCAAAUCAGCCAGGUCAUUUCGAAUUCCGACCCGUUUGUUCAAAAGGGCGCAAACUACGAAAAUCAAAUGAAGCAGGUAAUCAUUUAA